AUGCGCCUCGCUAGCGGAUACUUCAUGGAGAAACGACCUUCAUCGCUCUGCGAGGACUGCCAGGUUGUAGUGUUAGUUCACAAUAUAGUAAAAGACUGUCCUGGCUAUCAGUGGACACGUAGAAUUAAUUCACUUCCGAUGUCUUCACCGCCCCAGCACACUUUAAUUCAGUGUCUUCUACCAUGUCUCCUCUCUCUCCACAGCAAUACCCGCUACCUGACAAUUGGUAUAUCGUCAGUGUGGCGCAAGGACGACUACCUGACCCGCACUAUUGACUCCAUACUGAAGGAGACCACAGAGCAUGAGCGGAGUGACAUCCUAAUUUUCCUACUCCUUGCCGACGCAGAUUCUAACCUCAGGUCUCAGCGUGCCCUGGACUUGGGAGUUCGCUACAACAAUGAGAUCCAGACUGGCCUCUUGAGGGUGCUACAGCCCCCACCCAUCCUUUAUCCCAGCAUCGACUUCACUGCCAUCAGAAGGACGUACAAUGAUUCUGUGGCCAGGGUGCAGUGGCGAACCAAACAGGUGCUAGAUUUUGCAUUCCUCUUCUGGUAUGUAUGGACGCGUCACCCGUCCACCUAUUACCUGGUGCUGGAGGAUGAUGUGCUCAGUGCCAAACACUUUGUUACUGCCAUCAAGGACUUCGUAACUCUCCAUAGGAACCAUCACUGGAUAUCUUUACAGGUUGGCAUGCUUAUAACCCAUUACUUCCCAUCUCUUCUUUCAUCAAUAUUCUUAUAUGCUUUAAUUGUGUGUUGUGUAGGGAUCAUUAUAUAACAACCAUAAGGCACU